AUGUCUUGGAAUAGAAGUAUGAAUCGUGGUAGGUGGGAUGGGGUUACCUGUGAUCGUUUCACUGGUCACGUCACUGGUUUAGACCUUAAUGGUAAAAAUCUUGAAGGAACUAUCCAUCCCAAUAGUAGUAUUUUCCAGCUUUGUCAUAUUCAAAUGCUCGAUCUUUCCCUUAACAACUUUUGGGGUUCUCAAAUUCCACCGAGCAUUGGUGAGUUGGCCAGUUUGAUGCAUCUCAACCUUUCUCAUUCUAUGUUCGAAGGAAGGAUUCCAUUAAAAAUCUCACACUUGUCCAAAUUGGUUUUGCUUGAUCUCUUUUCUCUUUACUCCAAUUUCCAGUCUAGCCGGGAAGGAUUCAACAUGCUCUUUCGAAACUUAACCAAGUUAGAGUUGGAAAGCAAAAUUCCUGAUGCUUUUUCCAACUUCCAAAAGCUUACACACUUAGGACUUCACAUUAACAACUUCACUGGCCCAUUCCCAUCUUCUCUUAUGAACUUGACAAAGCUUGAAGUCUUGUGCUUGAACGACAAUUCACUCAAUGGUCCACUUCCUUUUAGUGCUAACGAACUUCAAAAUCUUAAAUAUGUGGAUUUGUCUCGAAACUCACUCAAUGAAUCAAUCCCAUCUUGGAUGCUUAGUCUUCCUUCACUGAGUGAUUUACACCUGGAGUACAAUAAUUUCAGUGGACCAUUUCCCGAGUUUAAGACCAACUCUAUGGAACACCUUUAUUUAUCUCAAAAUCAACUCAGUGGUCCCAUACCUCACUCGCUUAGAGAUCUUGUGAACCUAACUUAUCUCUCUCUUGGAUCAAAUAAUUUGAGUUGUGAGGUAGGAGCAGAAACAUUUUCAACAAUGAAAAAAAUCUAUAAUCUUGAUCUUUCUUAUAGUGGUUAA